CUGUUCCGUCCACGUGAAACCAGUCGUAAAUUUACAGUAGUUGUUUCCAUUGUCAAAAAGUUUUGUUGCGUGCAUCGUAGCUGCGCGCGUGGUCGAUCGAGGAAGAAGACUUUUGUGCCUUCCACGCCGGGCACCGCCACUCUAUCAUGAUCAAAUUAUUCUCGUUAAAACAGGCGAAAAAGGAUGGCGAGUCGCCGAAAGCUGGCACCCAAAAGAAGGCAUCUGCAGCACAACUGAGAAUCACAAAAGACAUAAAUGAACUUAAUCUUCCAAAAACAUGUGGGACAGAGUUUCCUGAUCCAGAUGACCUUCUCAGCUUUAAGCUAAUUAUUUGUCCAGAUGAGGGAUUUUAUAGAGGUGGUCGAUUUGUCUUCAGCUUUAAGGUUGGGCCAAAUUAUCCACAUGAGCCGCCUAAAGUAAAAUGUGAAACACAAGUUUAUCAUCCUAAUAUUGACUUAGAUGGCAAUGUGUGUCUAAAUAUUUUAAGAGAAGAUUGGAAACCAGUCCUUACAAUUAAUUCUAUUGUCUAUGGAUUACAAUAUCUUUUCUUGGAACCAAAUCCAGAAGAUCCAUUGAAUAAAGAUGCUGCGGAGGUCCUGCAAAAUAAUAGGAGAGCGUUUGAGCAGAAUGUAGCAAAAGCAAUGAGAGGUGGCUAUGUUGGCGCGUUUUAUUUUGAACGGUGUCUCAAGUGACAUUAACGUUCACUUUAUCCGAGGACACAUUGAGGAAAGAGAUCGAGAGUAGAACUCCUUCAUGCUCUAAACGUGUUCCUCUCAUCCAUCUCAUUCGUUUUAACGGGCCUCUUUGCGUCUUCAUGAGUGCUUCGUACCUUUGGUCAAUAAA